CAUAUGGUGUCUUCUUUGAGCAGUGCAAAAUGUUUUCUGAAUUAUAUUGCUGAUGUGGAAGUUUACUUGAGUGUUUUGUUUGGGAAAAAAUUAUUCCUAAUAUUGUGUUGUGUGGAGUUACAGCUUGUUCAAAUAAGAGAAUACUGUUCAUAGGAAAGAAGUCAUAUAAAGAACAUAAGCUAAGGUAUUAUUUUGUAAUAAGUACUACAUGAACGUUCGAUGGCUGAUGUGAAAAUUAGUGUAGAUGAAGACGGUCUUGUGUCACAAGUUACAGAAAGUGUUGAAAAAGAACAAGAAAAAAAGGAUUUUAGGAAAUUUGUAGUUUGUGCACUUGGAAUAUUUGUUUGCCAUUUUAUACUUGGAAUUUUACAGGAAACAAUAACUAAGGGUAAAUAUGGCUCAGGAGAAAAACAAGAGAAAUUUACAUACACCUUGGCCCUGGUGUUUGUACAGUGCAUUAUCAAUGCUUUAUGCGCUAAAGCAGCAAUGACAGUGUUUUCAAGGGAUGCUGAUACUACACCAAAUAAGAUGUUUGCAGCAUGUUCCUUGACUUACCUUGGAGCUAUGUUGGCCAGUAACCAGUCUUUACAAUACAUUUCCUACCCCACACAGGUUCUCGGAAAAUCAGUGAAGCCCAUUCCGGUUAUGGUUCUAGGGAUCUUGUUUGCUGGAAAACGAUACCCGCAUGCAAAGUUCCUGUUUAUAUUGAUGAUAUGUAUCGGUGUUGCCAUGUUUAUGUACAAAGAUAAGAAGCCUACUGAAACUGAGGCCAGUCAUACAUUUGGUUUUGGUGAAGUUUUGUUGAUUGUGUCCUUGACCUUUGAUGGAUUGACAGGGGCCACUCAGGAUAGAAUGAGAUCUAAUCAUAAAACAGGGGCAUAUCACAUGAUGUUGUUUGUGAACUUGUGGUCUAUUCUUUGGCUAGCUAUAGGUUUGGUAUUAUCAGGAGAAGGCAUAGCAUUCCUAGGUUUUGUACAAAGAUAUCCUUCUGUAUUGCCAAAAAUGGUAACCUUUGGUGUAGCCAGUGCUAUAGGACAGGUUUUUAUUUUCAUCACUGUGACAUCAUUUGGACCACUACCUUGUUCGAUCAUCACCACCACUAGAAAAUUUUUCACCAUCUUAGGGUCUGUUAUUCUAUUCUCAAACCCCAUGAAUUCUCGGCAAUGGUUAGGCACUGUACUAGUAUUCAUGGGUCUUGGGCUUGACAGUGCUUAUGGCAAAGAGAAAAAGGAUGCCAAGACAGAAAGAUAAUGAUAAUUGUUUUUUAGGUUUAACUUUAUUUGAUUUUAUAUUUAUUGGGGAAAAGAUUGAGCUGAGAUUCGGCAGGAGUUACGAUAACAAAGAUGGCUGAACUAAAGAAAUGUUCUCGUGUCUUGUGUUGUCUUAGUGAGUAUUCUGUUGUGUAGCAGAUAUGUUAUAAUAGGAUUAUAAUAACAGUACCUGGAUCUGUAGUGUUGUAUUUGGCUUGAAAUUAUUUUGCUAAGCCUGGAUCCCAUGAGGGGGUCGCACCAAGUGUUAUCCAGUCUGGCAAAAUCCAUGAGUCAGAGUCAGAUACAUCCUUACAGGUCAAGGUGCUACUUUAAUGGCCCUUUUAUUAUAUACAUGUACCUAUUUGUACUGUAAAUCAGCCAAAAUGAGGCUGAAAAUUCCUUUGAACCAGUGAACUUUCUGAUGCAUAGAUCAUUGCUCAUAAAACAAUUAUUAGUUCCCCACCCACCACCCCCCACAUUCAAAAAUUUCCAUACGAUGGGAAUUAACCUUUAGCCUGCUGUCCGCAAGUGAUUCUGCCUUUGCGACCAGCACAGACCAAAACCAGCCUGCACAUCCAUAUACGUUAAUCAUGGUCUGCACUGUUAGCUAUGCAGUCAGUAAAUUUUCAGUGAACACCCCUUAAAAUAAUAAAUGGUACUGAGGAAAUCGAAUGAUGGACAGGUCUAUUUUAGAAAUUUAGGGUAAAUGUUAAAUAUAGGGAUUUGAAUUAAUUAGUGAAUUUCAGAUUUUCUGACAGAAAAUGUGUACGUAUAUGUUAAAAAUUGAUAUUAGAUAAUAUAAUUAUGAAAAACUGUAUAUGUCAAAAGUGAUUCAUAUAGAAAUAAUGAACUGUUGUUAAACAGUGAUGGCUUGUAAUUUAAAAAGGGGUGCAUUUAUCUGUUUUGAAUAUUUCAGUCAUGAAUUUUAUCAUUACAGUUGCUGCUAUUUAUACACGAUUUUGUCAUAAAAACUGUAUCUCUUACAUUGAUGACUGAUUAACAGUAUUAACAUUUUAUUUAGGGGCCUCUGUGGUCGAGUUAAGGUCGCUGACUUUAAAUCACAUGCAGGUUUUGAGUUUUUAGGGUUGCCAUGUGAGGAAGCAAUCCAGUUGGAGUGUGAAAUGUCAGUUCUGGUCAUAUGUUCGUCUGGGUCUGAAAUUAUGAUGGAAGGGAGUGCAAAUACAUAUGGGCCUAUCCAUUAGAAAACCUGUGUUAAUGACAUGAUAAAUUUAUUGCACAGUUAAUAGAUUGAAAUACUGGUAAAAUCAUUUAAAUUGUUUCUGAAUGUAUGAUGUUGCAUAAUUUGUUGCAUAAAUGACAUGAAAAAUAAACACGCCAUGCACAGUGACAUCAUACUGAAAUAAUGAAGACUCUUCAAAUUUUCAGAUUUGAAAGAUAAAAGAAUGUCCUUCAUGAAUAUUUUGUUAUCUCAGUUUUGAUUUUUUGUCACUAAUACAGGUUUUGUCCUGGAAUGACAUGAUACAGUUCCAGAAUGUGACACAACAAGCAAACAAUAGUCUUGUAUAUUCAUAUGAGACUCUAAAUAUCCCAUUUUCAAAUAAUUAUGAUUUAUUUUAUUUUGUUGGGUUUAGCAUCGCACUGACACAAUUAUAGGUCAUAUGGCGACUUUCCAACUUUGAUGGUGGAGGAAGACCCCAGGUACCCUUCCAUGCAUUAUUUCAUCACGCGUGGGCACCUGGGUAGAACCACCGACCUUACGUAAGCCAGCUGGAUGGCUUCCUCACAUGAAAAAUUCAACUCCCCGAGUGAGGCUCGAACCCACAUCGAUGAGGGGCAAUUGAUUCGAAGUCAGCGACCUUAACCACUCAGCCACGGAGGCCCCUAUUUUCAAAUAUAAAGGUGACUUUUAUGUUGUAUAAAAUGAAAAAGUGAUACAUGUUUAACAAAGUGUUGUAUGAGAUUUUACCUGACCUAAAUCUUGUUAAAGGUGAGCUAUUAGUAUAGUGGGAUGGUCUGUUGUCCAUUUUCCUGCAUCAGCAUUUUAACAUCUUUUGUGAAACCACUCGUCAGAUUUACAUUUAACUUGGUCUAUGAAAUGGUGGCCUGUACCUCUCUCAGAUUUAUUCAAAUGGUUUUGCUUGACCGAUUUAAGGGACAGCUAGAGCUAAAAAACAACAACAAAAAACUUCUUUUCAGUUUCCAACAAACUAGAUCUGUAGCAUCUUUGUUUGUUCCUUUCUCAGGUUUGUUCAUUGGUUUUGCUGGUCCUGUUUAAAGGUCACCAAAGCUAAAAAUAUUUUUUUUAAACUUCUUCUCAUUAACUGGUUUAUAGAUCUUAACCAAACUUGGUCUGUAGCAUCAUUGUAUGGACAUUUCUCAUUUUGUUUUUCAAAUGUUUCAGCUUGGCCUCUUCUAGGGUUCACCAGAGCUAAAAAUAGAAAAACCUUUAAACAAUUCCUUUGAUUCAUCGUCACCAUACUUGGUCUGUAGCAUUAAAAUGGUCACAAUCGACCAUGUUUUGGGGUUGUUUUGCGGAGCAAAAAUUAGAAUUUUUUUUAUUAGUUUUCAAAAUCCAUGGAUCUUCCGACACUUGGUCUGUAGCAUUUUUGGAUGGACAGUUUUCGAGUUUGUUUUAGUGGUUGCAUGUACCCAUUUUUGUGGUCACUAGAGCUGAGAAUAGAGAAAACAACUUUAAAUAAUUUCUCCACAUGAACUGGUUGAUUGAUCUUCACCAAACUUGGUCUGUAUCUUCAUUGUAUGACCCUUUGUCACAUUUGCUCAAAAGGUUUCACUUUGUCCAUUUUCGAGGACAUCAGUGGUAAAAUAGGGAAAGAUUAAAACACCUUCUUCUGAUAAAUCCACUCAUUGAUUUUCACCAAACUUUGUAUAUCUCUCAUAUUUGUUCAAUUGGUUCCACUUGACUCGUUUUAGAGACCACUACUGCUAAUAGAAAAAAAAGUCGCAUUAACUUGUUGAUGACUCUUCAUCAAACUUGGUCUGUAGCAUCCUUAUUUGGACCUAUCUCAAGUGUAAUUGAACGAUUGGGAUUGGCCCCUUUUACGGGCCACAGAACCUAGAAAUGGAAAAAGGAAAAAGGCUGACUAAUCCUCGUUAAACAAAAUUUUUGCAUUUACCUUAUGGCCUGACAUGUAGUUAAGAUAAAAAGGUCAAGGUCAAGUGGGUGUCUGGGGUCAUAAUGGCUUUCUUGUUUUCUUAACCUACAAUAAAUCAAACUAUUACAAUAGAAAUUUCAGUGGACUGAGCAUUUUAAUUGUAAAUAGCCUGAAUGCUGUUCGAAAGUUUCUGUCUCAGACUGUGUGAUUAUGAAAAAUGAUUUCACCGGUAUGGAACUAUGCUUUACCAUGACAGAAUAUGAAUUAUGAACAAUAAAUGAUAAUACUAAAAAAUCUAUUGCUUUUAGGCAUUUUCUUCCAUAAAGAAGCCUAACCUUUUGUUUUGGCAAUGAUGUUCUAAUUUUCUAACAACUAUAUUUGUAUAUAGAUAGAUAUAACUCUGUCAUUAUUUGGGCAACCCUGCAGGGUACUUAAGUCACUUGCAGAUAUAUAUAAAUCAUUAAUAUGUAGGAAAUUUAUGUUGUUUUAGUGAAAGAUUACUUCUGAAUACUUAUGUUUUUAGCUCACAUGUCACAAAGUGACAGUGUGAGCUUUUGUGAUCGCGCAGCGUCCGUCGUCCAUCUGUCCGUGCGUGCGUCCGUGCGUAAACUUUUGCUUGUGACCACUCUAGAGGUCACAUUUUUCAUGGGAUCUUUAUGAAAGUUGGUCAGAAUGUUCAACUUGAUGAUAUCUAUGUCAAGUUCGAAACUGGGUCAGUAGGUCUAAAAAUAGAAAAACCUUGUGACCUCUCUAGAGGCCAUAUUUUUCAAUGGAUCUUCAUGAAAGUUAGAAUGUUCACCUUGAUGAUAUCUAGGUCAAGUUCGAAACUGGGUCAAGUGCCAUCAAAAACUAGGUCAGUAGGUCAAAUAAUAGAAAAACCUUGUGACCUCUCUAGAGGCCAUAUUUUUCAUGGGAUCUGUAUGAAAGUUGGUCUGAAUGUUCAUCUUGAUGAUAUCUAGGUCAAGUUCGAAACUGGGUCACGUGCUGUCCAAAACUAGGUCAGUAUCUAAAAAUAGAAAAACCUUGUGACCUCUCUAGAGGCCAUAUUUUUCAAUGGAUCUUCAUGAAAAUUGGUCAGAAUGUGCAUCUUGAUAAUAUCUAGAUCAAGUUCGAAACUGGGUCACGUGCGGUCCAAAACUAGGUCAUUAGGUCUAAAAAUAGAAAAACCUUGUGACCUCCCUAGAGGCCAUAUUUUUCAAGGAUCUUCAUGAAAAUUGGUCAGUAUGUUCAUUUUGAUGAUAUCUAGGCCAUGUUCGAAAGUGGGUCACGUGCGCUCAAAAACUAGGUCAGUAGGUCUAAAAAUAGAAAAACCUUGUGACCUCCCUAGAGGCCAUAUUUUUCAAUGGAUCUUCAUGAAAAUUGGUCAGAAUGUUCAUCUUGAUGAUAUCUAGGCCGUGUUUGAAAGUGGGUCACGUGCGGUCAAAAACUAGGUCAGUAGGUCUAAAAAUAGAAAAACUUUGUGACCUCUCUAGAGGCCAUAUUUUUCAAUGGAUCUUCAUGAAAAUUGGUCAGAAUGUUCACCUUGAUGAUAUCUAGGUCAAGUUCGAAACUGGGUCACGUGCGGUCCAAAACUAGGUCAUUAGGUCUAAAAAUAGAAAAACCUUGUGACCUCCCUAGAGGCCAUAUUUUUCCAUGGAUCUUCAUGAAAUUUGGUCUGAAUGUUCACUUUGAUGAUAUCUAGGUCAAGUUCGAAAGUGGGUCACAUGCGGUCAAAAACUAGGUCAUUAGGUCUAAAAAUAGAAAAACCUUGUGACCUCUCUAGAGGCCUUAUUUUUCAAUGGAUCUUCAUGAAAAUUAGUUAGAAUGUUCACCUUGAUGAUAUCUUGGUCAAGUUCGAAAGUGGAUGACGUUGGUCAAAAACUAGGUCAUUAGGUCUAAAAAUAGAAAAACCUUGUGACCUCUUUAGAGGCCAUACUUUUCAUGAGAUCUUCAUGACGAUUGGUCAGAAUGUUCACCUUGGUGAUAUCUGGGUCAAGUUUGAAACUGGGUCACAUGCCUUUAAAAACUAGGUCCUUAGGUCAAUUAAUAGAAAAACCUUGUGACCUCUCUAGAGGCCGUACUUUUCAUGAGAUCUUCAUGAAAAUUGGUGAGAAUGUUCACGUUGAUGGUAUCUAGGUCAAGUUUGAAACUGGGUCAAGUGCCUUCAAAAACUAGGUCAUUAGGUCAGAUAAUAGAAAAACCUUGUGACCUCUCUAGAGGCCAUAUUUUUCAAUGGAUCUUCAUGAAACUUGGUCAGAAUUUUUAUCUCGAUAUCUAGGUCAAGUUCAAAACUGGGUCACAUGUGCUCAAAUACUAGGUCACUAUGUCAAAUAAUAGAAAAAAACGACAUCAUACUCAGUUCAAAACUGGGUCAUGUGGGGACAGGUGAGCGAUUCAGGACCAUCAUGGUCCUCUUGUUCCCUGUGCCAUUAUGAAAAUAUUUCAUUUAAUGACAAUCAUCAUCAUCAAGCCCACCUGCUUAGCUCAGUAGGGAGAGUGUUGGUCUAAGGAUUGUAGGGUCGUGAGUUUGAUCCCCGGGCGGUGCAUAUGUUCUCCAUGACAAUUUGAUAAAAGACAUUGUGUCUGAAAUCAUUCGGCCUCCACCUCUGAUUCAUGUAGGGAAGUUAGCAGUUACUGGUGGAGAACAGGUUUGUACUGGUACAGAAUCCAGGAACACUGGUUAGGGUAACUGCCUGCCAUUACAUGACUGAAAUAUGGGCCAUUGACACUCUCUUAACGAACCACAGCACCAUGCAAUAUCGCUUUGACUACACAUGACUGAAAUACAGUUGAAAAAUGGUGUUAAACCCAAAACAAAACAAAACAAAACAACAAAGAAAGAUAACCUUCAUCUGUAUCUUGAAGCAUAUGCACAAAUGAAUCUCACAUGUGACAUCUUCCUGAUAAACUAAACAGGAAGUUUUAAGUUAUAUGAGCUCAUUAUAUUUUCACUGUUUGAAAACUGAAAAAAUACAUUUUAAAACAAUUGUUUAUGUUGCAGCUGGUAUUUCUGCUGCUAAAUGUUUGACAUGAAUGAAAUUUAGAACUUACUAGAUAUAAGUAGCAUUUAGUUUAUUUAAAAGAUUUACACUAGUAUCUAAAAGACUGUAAACAGCAAGAAUAUUGUAAAACUUAGGAAAAGAUGCAAAAAUAUUGUUAAGUGCAAGAAAAAGUGCAGACAAAUGCAAAAAUAUUGUAAAAGUUAAAGUGCAGAAAAAUGUAAAGGUGCAACAAAAAGUGCAAGAAUGUUAUUGAAGUGCUAGAAAGAAGUGUCAAAGUAUUGUAAAAUGCAAGAAAAUUGUAUUGAUUAGACAGCUCUUAAUUUAUGUCACAUCAUCAUAAAACUGCUGAAGUUAAACAUUUAUCAGAUAAUCAAGGCCUUCAAGUGGUUUGUCAUCUAAUUUAUCAUAAAUCAAGAGUUUCGAUUAGCAGGAACUGAUCAAUAAGUGCAUUAGUCCGAGUGGUUUAAUAUCUGAGCAUCUAAAUGAGCCGUGCCAUGAGAAAACAAACAUAGUGGGUUUGCGACCAGCAUGGAUCCAGACCAGCCUGCGCAUCCGUGCAGUCUGGUCAGGAUCCAUGCUGUUCGCUAACAGUUUUUCUAAUUCCAAUAGGCUUUGAAAGCGGACAGCAUGGAUCCUGACCAGACUGCGCGGAUGCGCAUGCUGGUCGCAAACCCACUACGUUGGUUUUCUCAUGGCACGGCUCAAAUGAUGAACUUAAGUAAUGUUAAAAUUAGAAGAUAAACCUCAAGAAGACUUGACUUUUCAUUCUUACAUGUUCAUUUAAAUAUUUUGAUAAAUAUUAUGCUGGACUUUAAUUAUACCAGAAAUGUCACAUGACAAUUUUAACUCUUAAUAUGCUCUGUCAUACAACCAUGUGUCAGCCUUUGUUUAUCACAGAAAAUACAGAUCUUGGCCUUCUUCUUUGUGUAACUAACAGUCAAAUCAAGCCACGAUAGCGAGUGGAUUUGAGCACCAUUACGGCAUUGACUGCAUGCCUGUUCAUAUAACACCAGGUUCUAAGUUUAUAAAUUUGAGAUUGGAGACCAAUCUCAGAAUCGUGUUUUGUCAUUGGUCACAUUCAAGAGCCCAGCUCAAUAUCAACCAAUCAGAUGCUAAAGAUUCUGGACUGGUUUCUGUUCUCAGUAUAACCUUGGAUCAUGCUCUGAACAGAGUUGAGAGUGGCUUAAAGAAGCUGAAAGAUUUUGUCUCAGUCAAGUUCGGUGUAAGCUAAAAUGAAUCAAAAGAAUUUACCAACUGGUUUUGCUGGAAUGUAGAUAAAAGCACACUUUAAUAUGGUAAUUAAUUGAUUAAUAUCUUAAGCCCAGCAGCAUGUUGAUACUUGAUAUUGAUUAGUGUGUUACAAACAGAUGUCAUUAAUGUAAACCUACAUAAAACUGCUAGCUUCAGAAAGUUGAAUUGUUAUAUUUAUGAAUCUGUUUUUAUUGGCCAUUUUCUGGCCAUAUUGCAUAAAAGUUAUAAAACUGUGUAACAGCCUUUACGCAAAAAUAACUGGCAUUGUUUUGUUUUGUUGAGGAACAACAUUUACUUAUAUUGAUCUUGAAUCAUACUUUUACAAAAUUUGCCAUAAAAUGUUGCAUUAAAGUAUUUGUAUUGCAUUGUAUAUGAAAUAUGUUAUUUGAAUUUUAUUUGUGUGAUUAUUGUCUAGUGGGGGCCAAGGAGUAUUUUAGAAUUUUAUUGUUGUUAUUUGAGAUCAAAUCUGUUUAUUUGUGUUGAAUGUUUUUGACAAUUGCAAAAUGUUAUUAACCUUUAGCCUGCUGGCUUCAUGUGAACCUGCCUUUGCGGCCAGUGCAAACCAAGAUCAGCCUGUAGUGUACAUCCAUGCAGACUAAACUUGGUCUGCACUGUUGGCUUCUCAGUCAGUAAAUUUUUAGUGAAUACCCAUUUGAAUAAUUAAUGGUACUGCCAAAUUGAAUGAUGAACCAGUCCAGUUUAGAAAUUAAGCAGGGUAAAGGUUAAAAAGUUCAGUCAGACCAUUCAUGAACAGCGAGCACCUGGCUGUAAUUACCUCUCGUUUUUAG